CCCGUUCCGAUUGGCCCCGGAUCGCGCAGGAUUGCGGGGGUGGAGUUCCAGCCAAUGAUGUCACCCAUCUCUACCUCGGGCAACAACCUGAGCCUGGACCACAUCACAUCCCUGGGAGCUCCGCAGACAUCACCCCUUCUUCAAGAGUCAGGGAAGUCCCGGAUUGAGGUAUAUUCGAACAGCCCGAGGAGACAAUUGCGACAAUGGUUGUGCCACCCGUUUACAUUGCCGGCGUCGGCAUCAGCCAUCUCAAAGGCCGCCAUUCCGCGUCCAACAUUGAGGAGCUAGCCAUAUCAGCAGCCACGAAGGCGCUUCUCGAUGCCGGCGUGUCUUACAGCGAUGUCAAGCACGGCAUUGCCUGCUUCCUGGGCGACGACUUAAAAGUGUCAAAGCGUGUCUUUCAGUCUUUCGGCAAGACCGGCGCCCCCAUCACGAAGGUCGAGGGGUAUUCCGGCAUGUUCAUUGCCCGGCAAUUCAUCAAGUCCGGCACCUCCGAUUGCAUCCUGGUGGUCGGUUUUGACCAGGAGGAACCACACAGGAAGCAGUGGUUCGGAAAGGGAGGCCGGGUCGCCGCUGUUGCCGCCGUCUUGGUCAAUCAUACAUUCCUCACGUCUCACGCAUACCUCAAGGAUGCAGCCGUGGUGAUCCGGGGGGCGAAAGUGGCCAGCCCCGUCCACUCCCAAUCACCGCUCACGGCAGAAGAGACGCUGUCGACCAAAUUGGCCAUUGAAGGAGCUCUCGAGCAGGCGGUCCUCGCUCCCGACGACAUCCAAAUCCUGGAAUUGCGACACGGGUCCAACAUGAGCGCUCAGCAGGCGCUCGGCGCGUUGAACGUAACGGAGGACGGUCAUGCUUCACCCAUCUCCAACCCGUUCGUUGGAAGCACCGGCCUAGCCGGCAUGUGCGAACUAGUGUGGCAACUUCGUGGCUGGACUCGCGACCGCUCGGUCCCAAAUGCGAAGAAUUGCUUGCAGUACACCCUCGGACCGGAUGGGACUGCAUACGUGACCAUCAUCGGACGCUCUGACGGCAAGCCCGCACCCAAGUGGGAGCAUGUUGAGCACCUGCGAGACGGGCGCGAACGCUUGGGAUACAAUCCUGCGUUUGAAAGCAGAGGCAUCACGAGUGAAGACUGGCAUGCUGUGCGGGCGGACGAGGCAUUCGUGCCGCAAGAGACCGGAAAGCGACUCUCAUUGUCAGCCAAGGGCGGAGAUCGCGCGGCGUUGGCGAGAUUGUGAUAUUGUAGGCCGUUGCUUUUUCUUGUCUACUAAUCGACGCUGGCGUAUCUCGCUAGCUUGAUAGCCUAGUAUAUACUCAGUCCCGGGACUGAAGUGCAGAGAUCAUGUACGAGGUCAGGCCUGAGCUCAGAGCAUCAUACUGAGCGGUCCGUGUUCGCAUUGUUCUGCGUGGUCAUUAGAGUUUCAAUCAAUGGCAUUGCAGGUGCACACCAAUGUUAGUGAUCCGGCUUGUCGCAACACCGCGAUACGAUACACCAUCGAC